AUGCUCCUUGUCGAGGUGGUUCCUCACGCUCAGACUAAUGCUGAUACCGUCAAGACCACCAUGGGAAUCUUUAAAUCUCUUGGAAAGUCGCCUGUCCACAUUCACCAAGAAAUUCCUGGCUUUGUGGCCAAUCGGCUUAAGGCAGCGCUUGUUAACGAGGAUUACAGUCUGGUGCAGAGAGGCAUCGUCUUUGCCGAGGCUUGCGCCCAUACUGCGCUGUCACGGACUACAAUAACGCCUUUGUUGGUGUUGUGUGGGAGAAGGCAGUCGGAGCUAAGAUGA